AUGGCAGCCUCUAAAGAAAGCAUGACACACAGGCCGGAUGACAUCGACACACGCUCCAUAUUCUCCAUGCAGGAACUGGACCCGUCACCGGUGGAUGAUGAGUUUUCAGGCCUUGAAUCUGGUGAAUACUUCCCCAACGAACGGAGCCCUCCGGCGACACCCCAGCUUACGGCCGGGGGAUGGUUUUCGUCGCUCAAGUUAGGUCUGCGCGGGCACAGCUGGGAUUCCUGGUGUACGGCUAAAUAUAUCCCUAUAUAUCAUCAACAUGGAAAGAAUAUCUCUUCAGAGUGGCUAACGGUGAUUCUCGCGUCUUCCUCAGUGUCUGCUUUCCAACGCUACUCGACCUAUCCACCCAGCCUGUUCCUUGCAUUGCAUUGGGCCAACACCUCCCUCAUUCCUCUCGCGACUCGAUCUGUUCCUGAGAGCGAAAAUUUUCUACUGCUCACAAGACCAAUCUACCAGUCUCCGUCACUCGAACACCUAGUCCUGACUGUUCCUGUUCUGAUCCAUAUCGCGUCCGGAGUCGCCCUGCGCAAUAUUCGCGCUGCAAGGCGGGCGCGACUUUACGGCGCCGAGACGAGGUCACAAAGAUCCUCUCUGAAAUUUUGGCCUCGGAUGAGCUUGCAGGCCCGGUUAGGAUAUUCCCUCGUCCCACUACUGGGUGCACAUGUCCUUGUCAACCGCAUCACCCCGCUGAUGGUUGAUGGGGGAAGCUCAGGAGUCAGUCUGGGUUAUGUGGCUCAUGGAUUUUCACGGGCCCCCGUCAUUUGGAACCUUUAUUACAUGCUAUUCGUCGCUGUCGGAGUGUGGCACUUCGUUGGGGGGUGGGCCUCCUGGAUGGGCUGGAGAGUGACGACGGUCCGGAAGGAACGGGGCCGAAAGAAAGGCUCGCUGGAGGGUUAUCUGGGUUACUCAGAAAGCGAGCAGCGAGUCCGCCGACAGAAAAAGAUGUGGUGGACUGUCAACGGGAUCGCCGCGGUGGGCGCAUCAAUCUGGCUGGCAGGCGCCCUCGGAAUGAUAGGGCGGGCCGGGCAGGGCUAUGGCUGGGAGGCCAGUGGGUGGAAUGAGAUAUAUAGCCAGACUGGGUCGAUGAACUCACGCCUGUGUGCCCCUUGCCGUGCCCUCUUCAUCCACUCUCAAACCAUCCACCAUCGCGCGAUUGCCCGCUGCACCCCCAUCUUCGAUCGCCCACCACUCCGCCGCUUAUCUACUACCCCAUCCCCGGCCACGGACAUGUCUGAGCAAUUGAUACAGUACGACGGCACAGAAUACAGAGCAGUGAAGGAAGGGUUGGCGUACAUUCUGAACCCCCCUGCUCAAGAUGCCGCCUCAAAGGCCACGAAGAAGGAUCUCAAAGCUGACGACCAAUGCCAAUCAGUCUUCUACAACCCUAUCCAGCAGUUCAACCGCGACCUUAGUGUCCUUGCAAUCCGCGCAUAUGGGGAGCAUCUGCUAGCCCUGAAGAAACAGAAGGCCGAACGAAAGAAGCAAAAGGCGACAGAAAGUUGUUCAGCGAAAGGCAAGAAGCGCAAGCGGGAGGAGGAGCAUGGCAAAGAACCAACCCAGGAAGAUGAGGCCACAGCAAAGAGCAGGUGCUCCCAGGCCCCCGCACAGCAUGCCGAGCAGGACGCAGCGCCGUCUUUUACCAUCCUAGACGCGCUAUCUGCCACGGGUCUUCGUGCGCUGCGGUAUGCAUCGGAGAUCCCUUUCGCUUCCUACGUUGUGGCCAAUGACUUGUCACCCUCGGCAAUACAGUCCAUGAAGUUGAACAUCAAAUACAAUAGCCUUGGCGAUCAAAUCCGACCCAAUACGGGGGAUGCGCGCGCUUACAUGUACAGCCUCCAGAAUCAGGGAACCACUCCAACUGCCGAACCGCAUACAGGGAAGUUCGAUGUGAUCGAUCUGGACCCCUAUGGCACUGCUGCACCAUUCAUGGACGCUGCGGUCCAAGGAGUCAAGGAUGGUGGCCUCCUUUGUGUGACCUGUACCGAUGCCGGUGUCUGGGCCUCGUAUGGGUAUCCCGAGAAAGCUUUUGCUUUGUAUGGCGGAGUUCCCAUCAAAGGACCGCAUUGCCAUGAAGGUGGGCUGCGUCUUAUACUACACGGGCUUGCAUCAUCUGCGGCGAAAUAUGGCCUUGCAAUUGAGCCACUCCUCUCUUUAUCAAUCGAUUUCUAUGCCCGAGUGUUUGUUCGUGUCCAUCGCUCCCCAGCUGAAGUCAAGUUUUCUUCCGGUAAUAUGAUGAUGGUCUAUAAUUGCGAUUCUGGCUGUGGAGCAUGGUCGACUCAGCCUUUGACGCAGACAAAACAGAAGCUGGACAAGAAGGGUGACCCUUUCUACCAUUUCGGCUUUGCUCAGGGGCCAGCAGCAGACAGUCGCUGUGCCCAUUGCGGUUCUAAGACCCACCUGAGUGGCCCUAUGUGGGCUGGUCCCCUUCAUAAUGCUCACUUCAUCCGAAAGGUCCUUGAUAUGCUCCCCCAGGCAGAUAGAAAGGUGUACCAAACCAUCGACAGGAUUGAAGGCAUGUUGACCACUGCAUUAGAGGAAGAUAUAACCCUAGAAGGUUCUGGCAAUGAUGUGGACCAGGAGCCUACCGGCGCAGCUGGUGGGGAUGUCCCACUUGGUGAUCCUUCUGCCAUUAUCCCGCGGCUAGAUCCGGCCGUCCGGGAUGAGUACCCUUUCUAUUUCAGCCUCAGCGCCCUGUCCAAAGUCUUGCAUACAUCAACAGUCUCUAUUGACUCCAUGCGGGGGGCUCUUCGACACCUAGGCUAUCGGUCGACUCGCAGUCAUGCGAGGCCGAACACAAUUCGUACGGAUGCUCCUUGGGAGGUGAUCUGGGAGGUCAUGAGGGAAUGGGUGAGGCAGAAGUCCCCCAUCAAAGAAGGUGUCCUGAAGCCCGGGAGCCCUGGAGCCGUCAUUAUGUCCAAGUGCCGAGAGAACAUUCAAGGACGUGGGGAAGAAGAUCCGUCCCUAGCUCUUUUCAAAUCGGAAAUUGAGGCUGCGACCGUGGGGGCAAAGGACGUUAAGGACAUGGUUACCAAAAUUGAGGCUGCGUUAUAUCGCUCCGGUGCCCGUGAAGCGUUAUGGGAGAAGACCGUACCGGGUCCCCAGCUCAAUCAACCUGGAAUGCAGAAGGUUGCUCAAGAUACAAAGCCUUUCCACAGCCCUAAGGUUGCCCACAGACCUCAUCCCAGCACGCUCGAGGUUGUUUUUGAUGAGGCUUUGGGCAAGGAAACGACCAAAAAGCGGCUAGUGCGGUAUCAAAUCAAUCCUCGCGAGAAUUGGGGUCCUUUAAGCCGAGCAUCCGGAGGCAGGUAA